AUGAAAGUGUAUGAAGUUGGGUUAGAUAUGAGGGCACCACCUCCUCCUCCAACACCUCCACAGCCACCACUACCAGAACUUCAGUGCUUGUCACCUUCUCCAAAGGUUGUCAAAGACCCAGAACCAAUUCCUCAACCUCCUCCCCCUAAACCUAAACCACAGGCUCAGUUCUAUGUGGAUGGAGUAUUUCUGUCUGAAAGUGGAAUGGAUCAAAUCAGGGCCUUAACCAUUGAACAACCUAAAAAACAAAGAAUGCGUAGGCCUAAACACCAAAUAGGUGGACGACCAUUUGUAAUGGGAGAAGACAAAGAUGUUGUUUCUAGUGAUAUUGCUGCAGAUCUAGUAAGUAUGGAAACAGAUGUAAGAAUGGAAGUUGAUGAUGGAGAAGAUGGAAUGAAGGGAGAAGCAACUGAUGCUAACUUAGAGAAAAAGAGGCGACAAAGGAAGUUGCAUAAACUUGGAAUUGGUGGGUUUGUUGCUAGACCAAGAGCUAGAAGCCUUUCUACUAAAGAACAAGGAAAUGAACAGACCACUGCUAGUAUGGAUCAAACAGAUGGGAUGGGUGUUGGAGAUGUUCUGAAAUCUGUUGUUGGAGAAGCCCAUAUUGAACAGCCAAUCCAGGAGAAGCCAAAGCGAAGACGAAGAGUGAAGAAGAAAAACCCUCUUGAAGAAUGUUUCCCGUCAUACUUACAGAGGUGGAAUUAUGAUAAACUUUGUGGGAAAAUUCUGGUAAUUGCACCACACAAGCUUAUUUGCAGUAAACAGCAUCAUAUUGCAGUGUCUCAUAAAUAG